CCCGACCGCCCAAGGGCUGGAUCGGGGCAGGCGGUUUCCUGGAACCGGAUCCUCGGUCCCGGCAGAACCUCCCCUGGCACCGCCGCCCGUAGCCAUGGACCUGCGAGCGGAGCUGCUGAAAUCCAUCUGGUACGCCUUCACCGCCCUGGAUGUGGAGAAAAGCGGAAAGGUCUCCAAAUCCCAGCUCAAAGUGCUGUCCCACAACCUGUACACGGUGCUGUGCAUCCCCCACGACCCCGUGGCACUGGAAGAACAUUUCCGUGACGAUGAUGAUGGUCCAGUGUCCAGCCAGGGCUACAUGCCCUACCUCAACAAGUACAUCCUGGAUAAGGUGGAGGAAGGUGCUUUUGUUAAGGAAAACUUUGAUGAGCUCUGCUGGACCUUGACAGCAAAGAAGAAUUACAAGCCUGACCGGAACGGGAACAGCGUUGUGUCCCACCAAGAUGCCUUCAAGCUCUGGUGUCUCUUCAACUUUCUGUCUGAAGACAAAUACCCUCUUGUCAUGGUGCCAGAUGAGGUGGAAUACUUGCUGAAGAAGAUCUGCACGGCCAUGAACGUGGAGCUGAACUCCUGCGAGCUGGAUGAUUACCUCUCCCAGGAGCUCCAGGGACAGGGAGGGGUGACAGUCUGGCAGUUCCUGGACAUGGUGAACUCGGGGAGGUUCCUGCGAGGCAUCGAGCAGGAGGCUGUCAGCAUGGCUGUGGAGGAGGUGUACCAGGAGGUCAUCGAGGAUGUGCUCAAACAGGGUUACCUCUGGAAGAAGGGGCAGCUGAGGAGGAACUGGUCGGAGCGGUGGUUCACCCUGAAGCCCAGUGUCCUGUCCUACUACCUGAGUGAGGAACGGAAGGAGAAGAAAGGGAGCAUCGUGUUGGACAAGCACUGCUGCGUGGAGGUGCUGCCUGACCGGGAUGGGAAGAGGUGCAUGUUCUGCGUGAAGACCUCGUCCCGCACCUACGAGAUGAGCGCCUCCGACACCCGCCAGCGCCAGGAGUGGAUGUUAGCCAUCCAGACGGCCAUCCGGCUGCAGGCUGAGGGCAAGAGGUCCCUGCACAAGGACCUGAAGCAGAAGCGCCGGGAGCAGCGGGAGCAGCGGGAGCAGAGGAAGGCGGCCAAGGAAGAAGAAACUCAGAGGCUCAGGCAGCUCCAGGAGGAAAAGGAGAGGACGCUGCAGGAGCUGGAGCUGCUCAAGGAGGCCCAGAGGCAGGCAGAGAUCCUCCUGCAGGAGGAGGAGCAGCGGCGGAGGCAGCAGCACGAGGAGAUGCAGAGGACCCUGGAGGUGCAGCUGCGGGAGGCUGAGCAGGCUCGUGCUUCCAUGCAGGCAGAGAUGGUCCUGAAGGAGGCAGAGGCAGAGCGUCAGCGCAAGCGCAUCCUGGAGCUGGAGGAGAUGCAGGAGCAUCUGCAGGAGGCCCUGCAGCAGGAGGUGAAGGCACGGCAGGACGAGGAGGCUGUGAGAUAUGCACAGGCCAGGUUACUGGCUGAGGAAGAGGAGAAGCUGAAGCAGCUGAUGAAGCUGAAGGAGGAGCAAGAAGAAUAUAUCAUCAAAACCCAGCGGGAGAAGCAAGUCCUGAAGCUGGAGAUGGAGAACAAGAACAAGUGUCUGGAGGAGGCACAGAAGCAGCUGGAAGAAGUGAGAGUGAACAGGCAGCGGGUGGACCAAGAUGUCAUGGCUGCCCAGAGGAAGCUCCGACAGGCCAGCACCAAUGUCAAGCACUGGAAUGUCCAGAUGAACAGGCUGAUGCACCCCAUAGGGCCAGGAGAGAAGCGUACGAACGUGAGUGGAGGAAUCUUCCCUGGCUACCAACCCCUUCUCUCCUGGAAAGAUUCCUCCUUCAAACUCAAGCAGAAAGUGGAGGAUCAGAGCAGCAUCCACCAGAGGGAGAAGAGCAAGGAAAAUGUGAGCAACGGUGGGAACAGCCCCGUGCUGCCAUCUCCAGGGGUGGACACCAUGGCCACGGAGCAAAGUGGGGUGGCAGAACGUGUCCCUCUGAAGUGACCCAGCUGGCACAGCCACCUCUGGAUGGAGGGACCAGCACGGAGCCUGUAGGUGACUGCACCCAAGGCAGAGAUGCUCCUAUUUUCUUCAAGGAAUUGCCACAGCCAGAGGACAAUCUGCCAGCCCAACCUUGGGGACCUCCUCUGGGCUGCCCAGCUGAGGGACCUGUGCUCAGCUCCCCAGUUUGGUUUCCACCCUGCUCAAAGAAAACACCAAAAAGGCACCGGUGGGGCUGGACGAGGUGGCCCAGUUCUCUCUGUUGGUUUCUACCAACAAACCUUCUGCAUCACCCUGGGUGUCUGGACACAGUGGUGGCUGCUGGGGAAGCCUUGGCAGACUGAGUGGUGCCUCCUCAUCACCCCCCAGGGAUGCCAGGGUGUCCUUAACUAACACCUGCAUCCCCUGGAUGGGGUUGUUGGGCACUGGAGGAGAUGUUAGCAGAAACCAAGGAGCACCAAAGGUUUUGGGGGCUCACAGACCUCCUCCUCACCCACACCCGGGGUCCUGGAGGCACCAACCCCCCCUCCAGGGCAGCAUGGGGCUGUGGAAAAGAGCCCACUGAAAGAAAUCUGAAUUUACCCCUGGAGAAGAGGCUCCAGCAGUGGGAUUUUGGGUUGGUUUGUGAAGGGUUGAGAGGGACACAGGUAGUGGUGAAGUGGCCAUAGGUGAUGAACUCUUCUCUGGGUGGCAUGGGGGGAGAGCCAACAGCUUUUUGUGUUUAAUGAAGUGCUCGGACAGGCAGGCCCCAGGAUUUGGGGGUUUCUUUUAAGGUCUUUGCCCUUGGAUUGCAGGGCUCUCCAUUUCAGGAGUCCUGCUCCAAGGCCUGCAGGAGCCAACAGCAAAGAUUCCUGGUGGCUGGAUGCCACCAAAUGCCACCUGGUGGCUGUCACAGCUCUGCCCUGCUCUGUCUCCUCCAGCUCAUUUGCUCCUUGAAAAAUGAAAAGCAAAAUCCCAAGUCUGCUCGGACAUAAAAAACCCCCAACCCAU